CAACCCAACACGCAUCGCUAACCGUCUGAUCCUUUUCGAUACACAAUGAUCCCCCUCCGUUUAUAUGUACUUCUCUCGUUAUUUUCUGCUCCUUUCUUUUCUUUCGCUUCACUUCCCGCACAGCCGCAGCCGCAGAAAGCAACAACAAGUACCAUUCAGAAAGUGGCUGGGUUCGAUGGAGAAAGAAAAUGAGAAAGAGUUGGUGGAAUUGUAUGAGGCUGCCAAGAAAGCAGCGGAUGCGUCUACCGACGCAGAUAGUCCGCACGAAGAAAGCCGAUGCCUUGAUGCGCUCGAGCAGCUCAAGAAAUUUCCUGUCAAUUAUAAAAUUCUCGUCAAUACCCAGGUAGGGAAACAUCUUAAAAGUCUCACCAAGCACCCCAGGCAGAAAAUUCGGGCUUUUGCUGUUGACUUAAUUGAGAUAUGGAAAGGCAUAAUCAUCAAGGAAACAAGUAAAAAUAAAUCUGGGCCCUCAGAUUCUAAGGUUGAGUCAACAAAUGGGGAGAGAGCUAAAGCUGGGAAAUUGCAAAAGAGUCCUUCGGUGAAGGUUGAGAAAGGAGAAAGUGUCAAAGUAGAAAAAGUUAAUGGGAAUGGUGCAUCAAAGCUGAGCUCUGGAAAUGUAAAGGCACAAAAUGUGGAUGUCAAAAUUGAGAAAACUGAUCGUUCUUCAAGCGUCAAGGUGGAAAAGAUAGCCAAGGAGGAAACACAUGUUUCUGUAGCAAAGAAAAUUUCAUCCAGCUCUGCUGCUCCCCCAAAGCUGAAGACAAUGAUCAAAUCUAAUGAUUCAGCACGAGACAAAAUAAGGGAACUUCUCGGAGAUGCUUUAUCUAAGGUUUUUGAAGAGGCAGAUGAAGAUAUGAUGGAUGAAGUAAAUGCAUGUGACCCAAUUCGUGUUGCAGUUACAGUGGAGUCUCUGUUAUUUGAAAAGUGGGGUCCUUCAAAUGGAGCCCAAAAGGUCAAGUACAGGUCAUUAAUGUUUAAUCUUAAGGAUCAGAAUAACCCAGAUUUCCGAAGAAAAGUUCUGCUCGGAAUUGUUGAGCCGCAGCGGCUUGUCGACAUGACUUCAGCAGAAAUGGCCAGUGAACAAAGGAAGCAGCAGAUUGAGAAACUCGAGAAGAAAGCUUUGUUUGAAUGUGAGCGUGGAGGUGCACCAAAAGCUACUACUGAUCAAUUUAAAUGUGGUAGGUGUGGUCAAAGGAAAACCACCUAUUACCAAAUGCAGACUCGUAGUGCUGAUGAACCUAUGACAACGUAUGUCACUUGUGUUAACUGCAACAACCGUUGGAAGUUUUGUUAGUACAGUGGUGACUGGUGAGUCUCACAAGAGCUGUUAAAUUAAGGUGUGAUGUCAUUGCGGUGCCCUACCGCAGCACCAUAGCUUUCUGAUUAGACUGUUACAUUUAGAAAUUGUCUAGGCAAAUGUACUUUUUAUUCUUUUUAACUUGGAGUUUUAGCGUAUCUGUAGUUUGUUGUUAUUUUACAAUUUGUUUAUCUGUUAUAUAAUUGCACCAAUGUUUUUCUCA